CAGACAAGACCAAGAAGAAGAAUCCUAGACAGCUGCUUUUUGUUAUUUGACAAAAAAAAAAAAAAAAGAAUUAAAAUUGAAAACUGCCAAAAAUGAAGUUAGAAUGCAGAGCUUGUGGCGAGCAGAUAUUCAUCUCCAAUCCGAAGAACCUCUUCGACAAGGAAAACUCGCUAAUACUGCUGAGAAUCAAGCAGCUGACGGGCAUCCCGUUUAAAUUCGAAGAAAAUCUACCAACGCAUAUAUGUUCCUGUUGUUUGCUGGACCUCAACCAGGCAACAGUGUUCCGGGAUCGUUGCCUGAAAACACACAAGCGUCUGCACCUCAAGGCAGCCAGAGUCCAAGAUGCUGUGGAAGAAGCGCACGACCCACUGGAUGAUAAUGUGCAGCCCGCGGAUACCUACGAUGAUGACGACGUCGUGAGUGAAGAGUUCUCCGAGCCGGAGGAGGAACAAACCCAUGUAUUUCCGGCAUUGGAAGAAGCCAAUAAAAUAACGAAAACAGAACCGAGUCCCAGAAGCGCUUAUCCCCGCGUAAUGGUUAAGCGCACCCGCCUCGCAGAAGGAACCUUGAUAACUUUAUCGGCUACCAAAACACUAGGCCCAGACCCCAAGCGGAUAACCAGUGCAAAAGAAGCCCAGCGGAUGGGGUCCGGUCAGCCAAAAAAGAAGAGAAAAAGGGCUCCUUGCUUAGAGAAGAAGUAUGUGUGCGACCAAUGCGGUUGGUCCUUCAACGACAUAAGCAACAUGAGAGACCACAAGCUGCGCCACUCUGAGAAAAAGUUUGUGUGCAAGGAUUGCGACUCUUACUUCUACACGGCUGCCCAGCUCAAAAUGCAUGUUCGCGUCAAACACAAUGGGGAGAAGCCCUUCCUCUGCAAAUACUGCGGCAUGGCAUUCACCAACAGUCCCAGUCGUUGCCGACAUGAGCGGCGGUACCAUUCAAACGACUUGCCGUUCGGCUGCGUCGAAUGUGGCAAGACAUUCAUCAGCAAAGUGGGUCUGGCAAAGCACGGAGAACUACACAAAGGCGGAGGAACGGGAAAGUUCUACUGCGACAUUUGCGAGAAGGAGUUCAAGGAGGCCAUUUUCCUGCGUGGGCACUAUCAGACCAAGUAUCAUCUGACCAGGGCGAGAAAAUAUGAAGAUGCCUGCGAGUACGAAGCGAUUGACGAAGACGGAUACAUUGAUUUCGAUUUGAGCGAAUCUGUAAUUGAUGAUUAAAAAUAAAUCAUUCACUUAAUUUUUGGCGCCAAA